AUGGCGAUAAAACGUAAAGAUUUUCAAAAGACAUCAUCAAUUAUACUCGAAUUUUUACUAAAAUUACCCGAUGAAGAGACAAGUUCACGUUUACGUGAUACACUUUUACAUGGUCUUCAUUUUCUUCAACAAUAUUAUUUAAUAUUACAAAAACGCGAUAAAGAACAAAAACCAUUACAAUGGACAAUUGAACGUGGUUUAAGUCCAUUAACACCAUUUCGUGAAGCACCCGAUAAAUUUGAAUGGCCAUGGAUUGAUGUGGAAUCAAAUAAAGUUAAACAAACAAUACCAAAACAUUCAUUGAAUAAUUUUGUUAAUUUAUCACCAAUUAUUGUAGCUGUACGUGAAGGUGAUUUACGUUAUGUUAAAGAAUUAUUAAAUUCAGAACCUGAAUUAAUUGAUCGUGUUGAUUCAUUUGGACGUGAUUUAUUAACUUAUGCUGUACAAUAUCAACAAAUACAUAUUUUACGUUAUUUAUUACUUGAAUGUAAACCAUCAGCAAAUAUCAAUACUCAAGCUAAUGAUGGUUCAACAUGUUUACAUCGUGCAUGUUAUAGCGAUGAUGGACAACAAUGUAAUAUUGAUAUAGUACGACUUUUAUUAGAAAAUAAUGCUGAUGCUAGUAAACAAGAUGUACAUUUACGGUCACCGUUACAUUGGGCUGUAUUAGCUGAAAAUAUUGAUUGUUUAAAAAUUUUAAUUGAAUAUAAUGCUGAUAUACAUGUAAGGGAUACAGAUGGAAUGACACCAGCUAUGUGGGCAUGCCAUCUUGAUCGUUAUGGUCAUUUUAAAGAAUUAUCUUAUUAUAUGGAUGAUAUUAUGGAAAAAGAUGAUGAUGGUCGUACAUGGAUUCAUCAUAGUAUACGUAAAACUGAACCAUUAAAAUGUUUAAAAUCUUUAUUAUCAUCUGAAACAAUGGAAUUACGUGAUAAUGAAGGUCGAACAUGUUUACAUGUUGCUGCUGAACAAGGUUCAGUUCAUGCAUGUCGACUUAUCUUUGAAAUGAGUGAACAACUUAAUGAUUAUUCUUAUGUACAUGAAGGUGAUAAAUAUCGUCAAACACCACUUCAUUUAGCAACUAAAAAUGGUCAUGCACGUGUAUUAAAAGAAUUAUUAGAUCAUGGUGCUGAUCCACAUGUUAAAGAUAUACAUGGUGUAUCAGCAUUUGAUUAUGCACAAAAUCGUGGACUUUAUUUUUGUCGAAGUGUUUUUGAAGUUUAUCUACGUGAUAAACGUUCAAAUGGUUUCAAUAGUCAAUUAUCAACAACACGGAGUCUUAAUAAUAGCAGUACAGCAAGAACCAAUGGAUAUGAUGUAGCACCAAUGCCACCAUCUGAUGGACGUGCAAAAUAUGUUCGUCGUAAUAAUCGUCGUGCACUAACAGAAUCAUUACCACAACCUAAUCGUUCAUCACCUACUCUAUCAGUUGAAAUGCUUCCACCUACAACAAAUUAUACAAGUAGUUUAUCAGUUACAUCAAAUCGAGCUGAUGAUAAUGACAAUGAAGACGACGAUGAUAUUAAUCGACAACGUUAUCGACCACCAUCAUCAAUAGGAAGUACUUCAAUUACUGGACCACCUGUUAAACCUCGAAAAAGUUCAACAACACCUAAUAGUUCACUCGUUAAUACAUCAAGACCACAAAAAAAUUAUCAUCAUCAUGUUGUUGUUACAACAGCUCAUUCAGAUGGUGAUGAAGAUGAUGAACCUAAUAGUCUUGAAGGUCAUGGUGGUCAAAGUGAUUUUGAUGAUGAUGAUCAAUCAUCAAGACCUUCAAGACCAGAUUCACGUCUUGCAAUACGUAAUAGUGAUAUUCGAAUGCAACAACAACAACCAAAUGCUCCUUUUCGUCGACCACAUUAUAAACAAGUUAAAAAUGUUAAUCGACAUUCAAUGUAUGAUGAUUAUCGUUUUCUUGAUGAACAACAACAACAAUUAUCAUCUUCUGUUAAACCAAAACAACAAAAUCGUUCGACAUUACAUAAAGAAUUUCCAAAUCCAUCAUCAAAUCGUAUUGGAUCAGGUAGUGGAAAUCAAUCAGCAACCAAUCGACUUAAAUCUGGCUCAAAAUCAAGUUCAAAUGAAUCCAUUCCUGCACUUGAUUUAACAGUUGCUGGUCAAAGAGUAUUUCGAACAAAACAACAAAUUGAUACGGUUAUGUCGAAUUCAUUGCCGUCAGCAAGUUCUAUGCGACCACCAAGUGGUCGCCUUAAACCGAUUAGUAGUGCAAAAUCAACAUCAUCUUAUACUGAUGAAUUUUCUGGAACAUCAACAAAAGCAUUAGAAGAUGUUACUAAUAAUGUAAAGCAACCGUCAUUACCAUCAAAGACACAUCUUUAUAAAAAGAAACUUGCACCAUUAGUCAAUAGUAAUGACAUAAUGAACAAAAAAAAUUCAUAUCGUUCAUCAAUUGAACAACAACCAUAUACAAUUGAUGAUGUACCUUCAGACAGGUCAGAAGAAACAAGUGGUGGGCCGAGUACAGGAGGAGGAGGAGGAGCGCGAGAUAUGAGAUCAUCAAGCGGCAGUGACAAACGUUCAAAACAUCACUGA